AUGUUGGUCGAAGAAGUGCCCAAGCUGAACGAGAAGAACAGCUCCACCAUAUACUUUUCCUCUUCCAUCAACCUAUCGGCACGGCCAUCUGCGAAACACUACGACACGGGAAACGGCGAGGAUGCUAACAGAAACUCCAAAAGCAGACCUAAGGUCAACUACAACUUGACAGAUCUUUUGAAUGCCCAAACGCAAGCAAACUAUAGCAACGGUACCAUUACAAGUGGUAAUUUCAAAUCCUCACAGCAGCUUCAGCUUGAAAAACUUAUAGUCAAGAGACUUGGAGAACUCAGUAAGGAAACGCCAAACGCCAACUUUGAAAUACCCAAAACGUUCGGCUACAACAGUAUACAUAAGAACUUGUCGGCUGCCGAUAAGAAGAAGGUGCGUUUGGGCAACACGCCGUCGACCAAGAAGAUUCUUGCGGCUAGGAGAAACCUCAACUCGUACUUUGAGGAGGAGAAGAACCUUAUUUCGAUUAAUACCAUUCUUGGGGUGAACUUUCUGUUUGCUGAGCAGAACGAUGAGGUUCUACAAGCAACGCUGGCGAAGAAGAGAAGGGUGGGGGAACGUGUUUUCAAGCCUAAAGCGAAACUAUGCUGUAUUUGUGGGAACCUACUGGGGUACCUGAGAUGCAGCAACUGUGGGCUUUACUCGUGUAGUGUGAGAUGCAUUCGUCUCCACCACGAGCUGCGGUGUAACUAG